AUGAAUAACCCAGCAAUGAAUUCAGCGACACCAGGUGUGCCGCAGGUGCCGCUGCUAGACGACGACACCCUCGCCUUUGGGGAAGAAGAUAAUGCUACUAAGCAGUUUGUGCACCCUUACAUAGUAUUCUUCCACCUAGUGUUCCGAUGCUCCGCUAUAGUGGUGUACAUGCUGUGCGGCUGGUUCUCCGACUCCUUCAUUGCCAGCUUUGUGCUAGUUGUCCUGUUACUGUCUGCUGACUUCUGGACUGUCAAGAAUAUUAGUGGGCGCCUAUUAGUUGGGUUGCGAUGGUGGAACUAUGUAGAUGAUGAUGGCAAAUCACAUUGGGUGUUUGAGACAAAACAGAAUCGAGUGAACCAGAAUGAGAGCCGACUGUUCUGGAUGGGUCUGAUCCUCUGCCCAGCUAUCUGGUCAACUUUCUUCAUCUUCUGUUUGUUUGGACUUAAAUUCAAGUGGAUGCUACUGGUCCUCAUCGCACUAACCCUGACAGGAGCCAACCUGUAUGGCUACAUUAAGUGCAAGUUCGGAGCCAAGGAGAACCUUAAAUCUGCCACCACAGAGUUUGUGAAGAAGCAAAUAUUCCAGAAUGCGAGCACCUUCAUGUUCUCACAGCCAGCUCCCCCUACUACUGGUAACACGGGGGUUGUGUAA